AAAUAGUCCAUUAAUUAUAAUUUAUUAAUAAAAGUGAUAUUAUAUUCAUUACGAUAUUAUACGAAAUGGGAAAUAAUAAUGUGACGACAACUCCAGUGGAAACCAUAAAAAUCGAUGACAAUAAUGAAGACAAUAGUGAUAACACUAAUAAUAAGAAUAUUCAUUAUAAUAAAAACAAAAUUAAUGGACUUUCUUAUGAUAUUAAUUCCGAGUUUGAACAACAAAAUGAAUAUUUAGAUAAUUAUCCAAAUGAUGAACCAUUUAAUCAAAACUGGAAUCCUAUUGAUCCACAAUCUGUCGAUAAAGUAAAUGCUGAACACAUUACUGGACAGGGAUUGUCAAUAAACGAGACAAUUGAACACUUGAAACAAUCUCAAGACAAUAACAUCCAACAAAAUCAUGUUGUUGUGGAUAAAACAGUUAAAAUAGACAAUGAAAAUAUUUUUGACGAUUUUGCCCACGAAGAUGAUCUUAUUGAGAGUACAUCAAGUCAAGUGAUAUCACCUAAAGUAGAACCGAUCAAAAUUAUAAACACAAUUGUGUCUUCAGGUGGUCUACAAAAAGACAUAAAUAUAGUUAAAAGUGAUAUUAUAGAUAUCGAUGACUUGCAAAGCAUCGAAAGCGGAUCUAAACUAACAUUAAAUGAGACUAAAAGCGAUUCCGAAGAUGUUUUACAAGAACUCAACAAAUUAAGUCUUGAUUUAGAAGAUAAAGAGGACAAGAAUGUCAACAAUUACCGUAAAUUAAGUCGAAAAAGGGGCCAAUCGUGGAGUAAUUGGGAUAACACUAUUCACGAUGAUCUUAAAGCUGAGUCUAGUUUAAGUAGUUUUUCCCGUCCAAACUCAAAUAAUGAGAUUCAGACAUUAAAAACCAAGUCUUAUACGGCACCCGAAGCCAGAGGACAAAAUGAUUCGGCCAUUGAAUGGUUGGCCAAACAGCACGGUUUGGAUACUGGAGUCUUAGAUAGUACUGGAAGUCAUAAACGUAUAAUUAAUACUGAGAGCAGAAUUAGUCAAAACACUUUUAGACUCAGUUCAAUGGACAUACCUGGAAGUGUUUCAUUGUCUUCUCCAUCAACACCGGGUAAGAGCGAUCACCAAUUGAACCAUAAAUACGAUGAUUUGGAUCAACAGCUCAUUAAUUCAAUAGAAAAUGAUUUCAUUAAAUAA